AUGAGCGGGGCCGGCGCGGCGCUGGCCUCGUCGGCAUUAGGCCUCUGCGGGGAGGACGCGAGGGCGGGUCGAGGCGCAGAACUCAAAGAGGGUGAUCUGGAGGAUGCCAGAGUUUGUAGAGCUCUUCUUGCCCUACCAAGCACUGAAUCUAAGCCGAAGGAAGUUCAAGAUCGUCUAGAGCUUGGUGAAGACACUGGGGAUCAUGAGCACAGUGUAAAAGCGCUGAGAGCAAACCUUAGAAAACUAAAGGGAGCAUUUGAGACCCUGAUAUCAAAGAAGGAUAAGGAUAUUUAUUCUGUAAAAGUUGUUCUUUUGAACCAGUUGAGGACAAUGGAAAAGGACAGCAUGCUCUCUGAGAACAAGAAACUAGAGGCAGCACAAGCUACUGAAGAAGCGAAGAAGCUUCAGCAGAACGUGCAGGCGCUGCGCGUCGCAACCCAAAACAAGGACAAUGAGAUUGGCAGACUCCAUGCAGAAGCUCUUGUGGCUCAACAGAAGCUACAUGAAAUGGAUUCCUUGCUGAAGGAGAAAAAUGAAAGUAUUGAAAAACUCCGUGCGGAAAACAUUGGAUUACGUGCUGUAAAGGAUUUUGUUUGGAGCCAGUUCCGGAUAAAGGAGCAGGAGCUGCUGGACUACGCCAUGCUUCUUAAGAACAAGGAAGUGGCGACAGCACAAGCUACUGAAGCUUCGCAAAAGCUAGUAAAGGAUAAUCGCACGAUGGAAGCAGAAGUUGUUGAUUAUGGAAACACGUUAUUGAUUCUAGAGGAUAAGCUAACGGACAUGCGCUCGUUGGUGAAGGAGAAAGAGGACGAAAUCCAAGAACUCAAAAGUCGCCAACCUGAUAUCACUAGUCUGAAGCGCAAGUUUGCCUCUUCCUUGUCAAAUGUAAGUAUGUCAUUUCCAAGUAUAGUAUUCUUUGCACUAGUAGAAAAUUAGGCUUU